AUGCUGCAAAUCAUGGAGCUGCGGAAAGAAGUAAAGAAGAAGCAAGGAUCGAGCGAGGAUUACGUGAUGAAUGCAUUCGCUACUCGUCUACCAAAAUUCAAUCAGGACCCGAACUCAAGCUCGGACACGGACACGAUCCACCUUCAAAUGAAGCAAAUCAUGGAACUGUGGAAGUCUUGUCGAGAACCCAAGGUUGAACUGACGAAGCAAGGAUCCAACGAAGAGUACAAAGACUACUUGGAACUGCAGAAUCACAUACAGAUGAUCGACAAAGCCAAGGUACCUCAGGUCAGCGUGAAUCAGAUGAAUGAGAACCCGCAAGUUAAUGCGAUGCAGCAAGACGAGAAGCGGAAGCCAUUCAUCGGUCACAAGCCCAGAACACAUCUUUGACAGGACAGGAUACGUGAUGCACUGAUGCAAAGAGGAAGAGGAAAGCGUCAUUGCAAAUGUGGUGUUAAUGAAGACAUUGCCCUAGAUCUCAAAGUUGUGAACUUUGUGUAG